AUGGGCCUCCUCAACGGCAUUCGCCUGAGCGCCCGCCGCCUCCUCCGCUCCCGCCCCUUCCGCAACCUCGCCCUCAUCGUAACCCUCUACGUCCUCCUCGACGCCCUCCGUUACCAGCGCCGCGUCACCUCGGCCCCGCGCCACGACCCCUCCCGCCCGCGGCGCGCGGAGCGCAUCUACAUUGCAGGAAUGCACUACAACGACGCCUCCGUGAUCCGGACACACUGGAAUAAGGCUGUGCUAGACCUCGUCGAGGCGCUUGGGCGCGAGAAUGUCUAUGUGUCGGUGUACGAGAGCGGGAGCUGGGACGAUACCAAGGCGGCGCUGAGGGAGCUGGACGGGGUGUUGGAGAAGAGGGGGGUCAGGAGGAAUGUGGUGCUUGAUGAGAGGACGCAUGCGCAGGAGGUGGAGGAUGUUCCUGCGGAGGGGGAGGAGAGGGAAGGGUGGAUUACGACGCCGAGGGGGAAGAGGGAGAUGAGGAGGAUACCGUUUCUUGCGAGGUUGAGGAAUUUGACGUUGCGGGAUUUGUGGAAGUUGGGGGAGGAGGGGGAGAUGUUUGAUACGGUGCUCUUUUUGAAUGAUGUUGUGUUUACGACCGAAGACGUCCUCGCGCUGCUCGACACCAACGGCGGCAUCUACGCCGCAGCCUGCUCCCUCGACUUCGCCCACCCGCCCUCCUACUACGACACCUUUGCGCUGCGCGACUCGGCGGGUCAAGCGACGCUGAUGCAGCGGUGGCCGUACUUCCGCUCCGAGGCGAGCCGCGCCGCCAUGAUGGCCUACUCGGACGCCGUGCCCGUGCGGAGCUGCUGGAACGGGAUCGUGGCGAUGCCGGCGGCGCCGUUUUUGGCGAAUCGGCGGGGCGCGGCUGGGGGUAUUAAGAGGCUUGCGUUCCGCGGGGUGGACGAUUCGUUGGCUGAGGAGGCGCAUCUCGAGGCGAGCGAGUGUUGUCUCGUUCAUGUGGACAAUCCGUUGUCGGAGCAGUUGGGGGUGUUUGUGAAUCCGAGGGUGAGGGUCGGGUAUUCGCCUGCUGCGUAUGAGGCUGUGAAUCCGGGUGGUGGCAGGGGUUGUUGGCUUUCUGUGUGGAGGAUUGUGGUUGGGGUUUGGGAGGGACGGGUGAGGCGGGUGUUGACGAGCGAGAGAGUUAAGGAGUGGGUUGUGAGGAAGAGGUUGAAGGAGUGGGAGGCUCGCGGUGGUGGUGAUCAAAAGAUGAGGAGCGAGAAGGGGGUUGAUUGUUUGAUAAAUGAGGGGCAGGUGCUUGUGUAUAAUGGAUGGGCUCACGUAUGA